CCACACUGGCGCGCAGCGCUGCCAGACUGUUGGGUGUAUAAAUGCGCAGCAGCUGUCUAACGCAUUACGCAAUGGCAACGCUGGCAAAUAGUUGUACACACACGCACACACACGCACACAGAGGGGAACUUACACACACAUGUGCGCAAAAAACGUUGCGCACAGAUCUGUGCGAUUAGUUGGCGCAUUCGGACGAACGGUUAAUUGUUGACCCCACGCGUGACCUUGCAAUGUCCACUAACGGUGAUCAGCCCGACGGCAUGCCACCCAGCAGCCAGCCCCCGCCCCCUCCGCCGGGCAUAUGCAUUAAACAGGCGCCGGCAACCAAGUCGCCGCCGGAUCAAUCGGUGCCCGCCUCUCCGAGCUACCAGACGCCACCGAUGCGACGGAACGUGAGCGCCGGCAGCCUGAUGAUCGCCGCCGAGGCGAAGGAGGCGCGCGUCCGUGUCAUCUACACGGGCGGCACCAUCGGCAUGAUGCGCAACGAGCGCCACGUGCUGGCGCCGAUACCGAACGCCCUGGUCCGGCUCAUACGCAAGUAUCCCAAUAUACAUGAUGAGGAUUAUGCCCAGCGGCAUUUUGGAGCAAGCGCAUCUUUGGCGCCGCUCGUCCUGCCCUUUGUGCAGGGCGAAUCGCGGCGGAUUAUCUAUCAGGUGACGGAAUAUUCGCCGCUGCUCGACUCCAGCAACAUGACCAUGGACGAUUGGGCGCGCAUUGCCAAGGAUAUCCAUCAAUCGUACGAGUUCUUUGACGGAUUCGUAGUGCUGCAUGGCACGGAUACGUUGUCGUAUACCGCCUCGGCGCUGUCCUUUAUGCUGGAGAAUCUGGGCAAGACGGUGAUCAUAACGGGCUCCCAGCUGCCGAUCUUUGAGACGCGCACCGACGGCAAGGACAACUUCACGUCCGCUUUGAUCAUUGCCGGCAACUAUGUAAUACCGGAGGUGUGCAUCUUCUUUGGCAACAAGCUGCUGCGCGGCAAUCGGACGGUCAAGGUCAGCUCCAAUUCGCUGGACGCGUUCGAUUCGCCGAAUGUGCCGCCGCUGGCGCAGAUCGGGAUCAGCGUGAAUGUCGAUUAUCGUCUGAUCUUUCGGCCGUGCAGCGUGGAGAGAUUCUGUGUGCAUUCGCAGCUGGACGAGAAUGUUGGGCUGUUGCGCAUCUUUCCCAGCAUUUCAUUGGCCACGUUUCGCGCCUUCCUGGCGCCGCCCAUGCGCGGCGUGGUGCUCCAAUCGUUUGGCUCCGGCAACAUGCCCUCCAAUCGCAAGGACCUCAUCGAUGAGCUGCGCGCCGCCGCCGAACGCGGCGUCAUAAUCAUCAACUGCACCCAGUGCCCGAACGGCUCCGUCGCCGAGAUCUAUGACACCGGCAAGGUGCUCUUCGACGUCGGCGUCAUACCCGGCUACGAUAUGACGCCGGAGGCGGCCCUCACCAAGCUGGCCUACGUCAUUGGCAAGACGGACUGGUCGCUGGACGUGAAGAAACAGAUGAUGCAGGCGAAUCUGCGCGGCGAACUGACCUCCGUUGCGGCGCACACGAUGAAGGAUUACGAUCUGGUCGAUGCUGUCGCACGCUCGCUGCACUUGUCCUCGCCGCAGGAGCUCGAUCAGCUGGGCGCCACCUUGUUUCCGGCCAUGAUCAAUGCGGCCGUCUACGAGGGCGACCUCAAGAAGCUGAACAACCUGAAGGCAUACGGCGCCGAUUUGUCGGGCACCAAUCAUGACCAGCGCACUGCCCUCCAUCUGGCCUGCCAGCUGGGCGACACGGAUAUCGUGCGGCAUCUGCUGCAGAACGGCGUCUCCGUCCACAUACGCGAUCUGUGCGAGCGUACGCCCCUCCAGGAGGCAGUUGCCACCGAUAACCAUGAGAUCAUCCAGCUGCUGAUCAGCUGUGGCGCCCAUUUGACCGGCUCCUCGCGUGCCGUUGGCGAACAGUUGUGCGCCGCUGCUGCACGUGGCGCUCUGCGGCGUCUGCAAUCGUUUCAGCUGGCCGGCGCCGAUCUCUGCCUGCCCGAUCCCUCGGGCCGCACCGCGCUGCAUGUGGCCGCCCUGCAUGGCUAUGUCGAGCUGGUGCAGUACCUCAUGGCCUACAGGGAGAAUGGCGAGCCUAAGGAUAUGCUUGGUCUGACGCCGUUGGACUAUGCCAAACGUGGCGCUCAUCCGGAAAUUGUGCGUCUAUUGGAAACUAGAAGCUGAACCGGAUGCCUUAAAUGACGGCCGGAUUACUUAAAUUUACCUCAUCUAUCUAUCUCUUUCUCUCUCAUUGUGCGUACCUGGAGCUGUCUAGUCCAGUUGUUUUUGUUCCUACAUGUGCAAUAGCUUUUUUUUUAGGUGCAUUUCAUAUAUGUUUUAACGGGAAUUCUCAUGUACUCGAAAUAAACGGUUAUUAAAAAGCAGCGAUAUAUAUUCCGAUUGUAAA